AUGUUUCUUCCUCCUCUAGACCCUUCAUCAAUUCCUUGCUCGUCCUCGUCCUCUGUGCCACCAAGGAAGAGAUUGAUCAUCCUACAGAGUUGCGAAGCUGGAUCUAAGCUUAGGAAGCUGAAUGAUGCUGUGGAAGAAGAAGACAAUGCCAUACAGAUGGAGUCAAACAUCACACGUGCACAAGAUCCACAAUCAGGUUUAAUGCCUCAUACAGCUGAGCCCACACCUGAAGAAGAGACACGGAGAGUGUCAGCGAAAGGAGAGUUGAAUAAGUUAUGUAGCAUGAGGCAUUGGAAAGCACCAGUGUAUGAGUGUUACGAAGGUGGUCCUUUCCAUAAGCGAGUAUAUUUAGUGAAAGCUACGAUUGAAGUCAAGGAGGAUUCUGGGACAUGUGCUUUGGAGUGUUUCGGGAAUCAACAGCACAAGAAGAAAAUCGCAGCUGAGGAGGCAGCAGAAGCGGCGCUUUGGUAUCUUAAGAAUGUUGGUUAUUCCCUUGAGACAGACAAAGCUUCUGGCCGCCGAAGUCAGGCAACGUGCUUCCUUGUCUCAGAUUUUGCCCAAUCUAGAAAUCUUUUUCUCUUCGCGUUGCCCUCUUUCGUGAUGCGUCGUUCCGCAUCCAAGAAGAAAUCAGGUCAAUCAAACCCCGCUGAUCCAAUCCCAUCUUCCACCACGGAUCUAUUUCGCUCAGCUUCGAGUAAGGCUACGACUAAAGAGAUGGAUCGAAUAGACCAUUUGUUUAAUCAGUAUGCCAACAAAUCUUCCAAUCUGAUUGACCCUGAAGGAAUUGAGGAACUAUGCUCCAAUUUGGAAGUGUCUCAUACUGAUAUCCGAAUCUUGAUGCUUGCUUGGAAAAUGAAGUCUGAGAAACAAGGUUACUUUACAAAUGAAGAGUGGAGAAGAGGCCUGAAGGCUUUAAGAGCUGACACAAUCAAUAAAUUGAAGAAAGCUCUUCCAGAACUCGAGAAAGAGGUCAGGAGGCAGUCAAAUUUUGCAGAUUUCUAUGCCUAUGCCUUCCGCUAUUGUUUAACAGAGGAAAAACAGAAGAGCAUAGACAUAGAGACUAUAUGUCAACUCCUAGACAUCGUCAUGGGAUCUACAUUCCGAGCCCAAGUUGACUACUUUGUCGAGUACUUAAAGAUCCAAAACGACUACAAAGUCAUAAACAUGGACCAAUGGAUGGGCUUUUUCCGGUUCUGCAAUGAGAUAAGUUUCCCGGAGAUGACGGAGUACAAUCCAGAGCUUGCAUGGCCAUUGGUUCUCGACAAUUUUGUUGAGUGGAUUCGCGAAAAACAAGCCUGA